AUGUUGCCAGUUCUUCUGCUGCUGCUCCUACCAUCUCUCAGCCCUGUGGUGGUCUGGACUGUAAUGGAGGACUGGGACUCUGGAAAGGUGACCAUAUCACUGGGUGAGUCAGGUCAGUGUGUUUGCCAUGUUUUUCUGCUCCCUGAUGACCAGGUUGAGUACAUACAAGAAGUCACUAAAAAUCUGAUGCUGGAGGUGGAAAUCCAAAUGAACAAGGUGCAGUAGGACUGACUAGUUGUUGAGCUGCUUAGCACUGAGCUCAGAGAAUUUGAGACUCUGGUAUCUCAGCUCAAACACUCCCUCAGCGCCUCCUCACCCAUAUUUGACAGUCUGUAAGCUGAGAUCCACAACAUGACCCUCACUGAGAACCAACUGGAGACUUAUGACGAGAACGACCUGGCAGUGUUCCACAUUGAGCUGGCUAAGCUGCAGAAGAAGCUGGAGGAGUGCCAGCAGGACCAAGAGCUCAUCAAUCCAAAUAUAGGCAACUGCAAUCACACAAAAAUCCAGGUUGUCGGCAAGCCAAUGGUGGUUCAGCUGGAUGCAAGCGCAAGUUAUGUUUAUGGGGGUUGGGGAAAAGACUCCAAACCUCUUUGA